AUGGCCGACACACAAGAAGAUGACGUAGACCGCCUCAAGGCCGCCCUGUGGUACGCGGUAGGUCAAAUCGUCGACGAAGAAUCCCUUGAACGGAAUCGCAAUGCUACGCCUCAAUUUAUCGGUGCCUUGACUGAACUCGUAUGGACACAAAUUGAAAACGUCGCCAUCGAUCUCGAAACAUUUAGCAAUCAUGCUGGGAGGACGACAGUGACGACAGAAGACGUCAUGCUGCUGGCCAGGAAGAAUCCCGAUCUUCAUCAGAUCAUGGAGGCGUUCAUCGAUGCCAGAAAGGCUUCUUCUGCUGCUUCUCUGUCGAGGGGCAAAGGCAAGGGCAAGGGGAGGAAGAGGUGA